AUGUCUGAUUGGCUAACCUUACUCACUUCAAUCGUCACCGAUAUCUUAGCAUUCAGUCGUAGUAAUACAAUGUUUGUCAUAUGUCCCCCGGUUGCCGUUGCAGUUACCAAGUAUCUCUCCAGUGACUUAUCUAUAUCACAUUUAUUUCAUCCGUGGCUAUCGAGUUUCAUUUAUUUAUACCUUUACAUUCUACAAUUCAAUAUCAAUAAUGAUAUCGCAGGCGUCGAAGGCGAUCGAAUUGGUAAACCUUGGCGACCUAUUCCUUCAAAUCGUAUUAGUAUUGAACGGGCCUGGAAACUCUAUUUCAUCGUUGUCAUAAUUUAUUUUCUUUAUUCUUGUUAUAUCAAUCAUGUGUUUUGCUGUAUUCUGUGGAUUGUGUCGACAAUUAUUUUGAACUUCACUUCAAUUCAAAACACAAGUGUUGGAAAAAACUCCAUGAUAGCUCCGGCUACGUACGCAAUGGUGGCUGUUAUCUGGUGUUUAGUAAACAAUGUUUCGAAUAUACUGGAUCAUCCGCAUGUUCUAUGGAAUUUGAUCUUCAAUUCAGUAAUCACGGCUGCCGUUGCUGUUCAACAAGAUAUGAGAGAUGUUGAAGGAGAUCGUGUCCAAGGUAGACGAACGUACUCGGUCGUCAUGGGAAGUCCACAAGCAGAAAAAUUCAUCGCGAAGAUCGUGCUCUGUGCAUUGAUUUGUCUUCUUUUCGAAGGAUAUUUAAUCGAACAAAAACGCCUAGUCAGUAAAAUAACAUAUAUGUUACUUAAUUGCUUUCUGUAUGGACUUAUGAUUGUACGGAACUGGUAUUCGUAUGAUGUACGUAAAACGUAUGAAUUUUAUAAUCAAUUAACUUUCUUUUUCUAUCUUUUUAUGACACCAAUUGUUAAUACGAAUUGA